GGAGCUUACGAUUAGGCUAAUCAAGGCUGGGGCAGCAUUCAGGGUGCAAGACAGGUGCUUGGCUGCAGGCUAUGGGUUUAGGUCUGUUCCAUGUAUCUCCUUUAUGUCUGUCUCCACUUAAAGAGGCAGUGGUUUCUUGGGUGUGUUCUUGGAGCAUCACAGGAGUGCAGGACAGCCAGCCCAAGCUUGUGUCUUCUGCAGCUCCUCACACAUGUCUUCUUCAUGGCCUGUGAACCCAGUGGGACAGGUGCAGCUAUAUUUACACUGUAUAACGGCUUCCUACUCACAGGGAACAAUCUUGGGCAAAUCUUGUCUCUUCAGCCAUCAUUCAAUCAAUUAUUCAUUCUUCCAUUUAUUCACUCUUCAUUCCAUCUUUCUGCUCAUCAGACACUGAGUUAUAGCAUGUGCUCCCAGCCAAGGAUACAAAGGGUAAAAAGAAUGACCGCUGCAUUUAGGCAGUGGGCUCAAAACUUUCGCACUAAGGGAAUUGGAAAACAAAUGCAUUCCCCUCACAGAAUUUGAACUUCACAAGGAGAGUUUUUCAUUAUACUUUUCAUUGUUUAUGUAUUUGCAAAAUAUAUCAUUUCUAACAUAUUACAGAUUUUAAAUAAAUCCAUUAGAUCAUUCACUUAAAUGUAUACAGUGCACCUAAGUGCUAUGGCAAUUCAUUAUAAUCAUCACUUAAAAAUACCACUAACAGCUGUAGAAUAACUCUUGCGAGGCACCGUAGAGUGGUAGUUAAGAGCAUAAACUCGAAACUGCUUGGUUUAGUAUUAGGGGCUUACAUGUAUUUUAAAUCAUAUAUGUGCAGGUUAUAUAAUCUAUGAAUUUCAUUUCAGAGAAGCAAAUGUGUCACCAUCAGCUGUGUGGCUGAGAGCAAAUUACUUAACUUUUCUAUAUCUCUUUUCCUCAUCUCCAGAUGAACAUAAAUUGCUGAUACCCACUUCAUAGAAUCGUAAUGAAGAUUAAAUGAGUAUAAAACUCUUAAAGACUGACACAUAACAGGAAAUGUUUAAGUUUGUUUUUGUUAUUAUUAAUGUACUGAAAAGAGCCUUAUAGGAAAAAAGAGCAAAGUGAGUUAAAAGCCAUAAAUACAUGAAACAUAUAUUUAUAAUUUUAUUAAUGAAAUAAAAUAAUUCUAUUAUGAAAAUAGCCGAUUGAAUAAAGUUAUGCAUACCAUUUUAUAUAUGUCAAAUUAGGAACAAUUGCUACUCUGCAUGAACUAACUAGACGUUUGCAUCAAGGGACACUGGGAGGGGGGAGAAUUAUAUUAACAGAUGCAGAAGCACAGCACCACUAGUGUGCACAAAGCCCACUGCGCCCCAGAGGAGAGAGCUGUCGGCUGUGGAUCUGGUGGGAACCUAGGGAUUGAAUGUUGGUGGAGAGAAGGGAAUAAAGGGGCCAGGAAUGAUCCCUGAAACCUUCUCUAGCAUCGAUAUUUUGUGAAUCUAAAUUCUUAAAAAAUACAUGUCAUCAGAUUUCAUCUCUUUCCUUACCUAUGGUAUCUUGUCCUUGUUAUCAUAGGGAUGCAAAAAAACCAAAAAAAAUUAUGAGCACCUGCUAUCUGCCAGGAACAAUUAAUGCCUAGCUUGUGUGGUUGUGUUAAUUUACCCUCUGGUAUGUGUGCCUGAGGAGAGUUUAGAAAAGAUUUACUUUUACACUGAAACAUUUCACUUCAGCCUCUAAUGAGCCCUGUUUGGGCCAUGAGCUAUUGUUUUCCUUUUUUUUUUAAAGAAUGAAAAUAAGUGUUUCAUUACUUAAAUGUAAGAAUUGGAGCAUUUGUUGAUUGCAGGGCUUGGGUGACAUUAUCUAGAAUGACUUAAUUCUUGUAUACCAACAAGAGAAUGUUUUUUUCUAGUACAUCUAAGUACAGUUACUGGCAGAAUAAUAAUUUAAAUGCUUUGGGCUUGGUGUGAAACACUUGUUUUUAAUUUGAAGCAUUCACUUUUGAACUUAGUUUCUUUUAAACUUUGUAAAAUCUCAUGCAGAGCAAGAAGACAGGAAAUAUUAGUAUUACACCAUUCAAAUUUCUUAGGACACUGCCUGUUUUUGACUAUCAACUGCUGAAAUAGCUGAGUGAUAACAUUAGUCUUCACACUUUAAAGUAUGUUUAACAUACAGAUGGUUGGGGAGGUAUAUAGGAAGACUUCCAGGGGUAGGGCUGCAUUUGCUUGGUUACUUUAACUGUGGCUAUCAGCUGUAUCAAUCCAAAAUGCUCCUAUUGGAAAUUGAGAGGAGCAUUUUGGAUUGUCACAACACUGGGCAAGGUGGAAAGGAAAGGGGGGCUACCAGCAUUUUGUGGAUGGGGGCCUAGGGGGCUAGAAGUACUGAAAUCAGGGAGAAACUCUUACAAACUGAAAAUUUGCCCUGCAUCUAUGUAACUUUCUAAUAUCUAUAUGAACAAAUAUUCCUAUAAGUGAAAACCUCUUUAUAUUUAUUUGAGCCUGGAAGUCAAUACUGUUAUUUACAGAGGCAUAAAGUUUUUGUUUUUUUAAAUAGGCUUUAUGCUUUAGAGUAGUUUUAGGUUCACACCAAAUUUGAGUGGAUGGUACAGAGAUUUCCCAUAUACCGCCUUCCCCUACACAUGCAUAGCCUCCCCCAUUACCAACAUCCCCUACUGGAGUGGUACCUUGGUUACAAUACAUGAACCUACAUUAACAUACCAUUAUCACCCAGAGUCCAUAACAUUUGGGUUCAUUCUUGGUAUAUAUUCUGUGAGUCUGGACAGAUGCAUAAUGAUGACAUGUAUCUAUCAUAGUAUCUUACAGAGUAGUUUCACUUCCCUAAAAACUCGAUAUGCUUCAUCUCUUCAUUCCCUCCCACCCUCCUCAUUCUUGGCAGUCACUGAUCUUUUUAUUGACUCCAUAGUUUGCCUUUUUCAGAAAGUCAUGUAGUUGGAGUGAGGUGGUCUGUAGCCUUUUUGUAUUGGCUUCUUCUGCUCAGUCAUACACAUUUAAGUGUAUGUCUUUUCAGAGCUUGGCAGCUCAUUUCUCUUUAGUGCUGAAUACUACUCCACUGUCUGAUUAACUUGUUUAUUUAUCCACUCACCUACAGAAGAACAUCUUGGUUGCUUCCAAGUUUUGGCAAUUGGGAAUAAAGCUGCAGUAAACAACUGAUUGCAGACUUUUGUGUGGACAUGUUUUCAACUCCUUUGGGUAAAUACCAGGAAGUGUGACUGAUGAAUUUCAUAGUAAGAGUAUGUUUAGUUUUGUAAGAAACUGCCAAACUGUCAUCCCAAGUGGCUGCUCCAUUUUGCAUUCCCACCAACACUGAAGUUCCUGCUGCUCCACAUUCCUCACCAACAUUUGGUAUUGUCAGUUGUGGAUAAAAUGAGAGUUCCUGUGGCCAGGAUUCUCACCUGGCCCUGGUUGACUAACUCACUGCACACCUGUGGGCAAUACAUGGCUGUUGACUCUAUAUAAAGAGCUCCGCCCAGUGCUCUGGGCGUGACACGGUGGCAGGGCUGCAAGGCCGCAGGAGAGCAGAGCAGCGGCUGGAGUGGUGGCAGCGCUGAGGACAGAGGCCCAGAGGACGGCUGUGCAGGACAACUGUGUAGAGAGGCCUAGAGGACGGCUGUGUGGGAUGGCUGUGCAGGCAGAGAGGCCCAGAGGAUGGCUGUGUGGGAUGGCUCUGCAGGCAGAGAGGCCCAGAGGAUGGCUGUGUGGGCAGAGGGGCCCAGAGGCAGAGACCGGCUUGCUGCAUGCAGACUCACUCUGAAUGAACGGGAUUUUAGUGACUGACCUGACAUCUGGAAAUAAAGAUGGGUAUAACCCUUGCACCCCAAGAACAUUUUGCUGUCAAUUUCUUUGAUCACAUUGAAUCCAUAGUGAACUUGCCUGGGGCUGAAACCCAUUGGCAAGACAUCAGUGUUCCAAGUUUGGUCCGUUGUAAUAGGUGUGUCAUGGGUAUCUCAUUGUCACCUUAAUUUGCAUUUCCAGAUGACAUAUGAUGUGGGACUUUUUUCAUGAGCUUGUUUUGUCAUCUGUACAUGUUCUCCAGUGAGGUAUCUGUUAAAGCCUUUGGUCCAUUAUUUAAUCAGUUAGUUUACUUAUUUAUUGUUGAGUUUUAAGAGUUCUUUGUAUAUUUUGGAUAACAUUUAUCAGAUGUGUUUUUUUUCCCCAAAUACUUCCUCCCAGUCUUUGAGUUGUCUUUUCAUUUUCUUGACAUGAGGUAUUUUUCUCAGUUUUAACAUACAGGGAACACACUGAUUUUUACUGUUCUGUCCACUUGUGACUCUGCCCUUUUAUUUUUUCUAUACAUUGUGUGAAAUGGCUUCUAACCAUCUCCUAAAUUUGAAAUUGUUCAUUAGAAGUAGAUGCAAGGAUGUAACUACAUCUUCUGGUGUUGUAAUGUCCUCAGAUUUAUUAAUUUAAACACUUACAAUUAAACAUGUAUUUAAAUAUUAUUAUAAAGACAUUUUAUGUUUAGAUUAUGUAUGCAUGACUCACAUGAUCUGUGAAUUUCACUUAGAUCUGUAAAGGGGAAUAUUGUAAAUCAUUUGGGAUGAUAAAGUUGUGUUGGAACUUAACAGGAUUAAGAAUACUGUCAUUUCCAGGGACCAGUGUUUUCCCUUCCUGAUCUGCCGUCCUCAGUAUGUCAGAAUGUCUCCCCGAAGGUCUCAGGGAGUCCGCUGCAGUCCUCUGCAUCACAUGCACAUGCCGUGGCAUCUUAAAGGGCCAGAUUGAUUUAAUGUCUCAAAGAUUUCUCUGAUAGACCAAUGUUUCCAACUGCUACUCGGAAAAUACUGUAACUGUUACUCAAUCUAAAUAAACACAGGAGGGUACUACUUACUCAGUGAUCUAGGGAAGGUUGUAAAUUGGGAGUGGUUGUUAAUCUCAGUAGUUGCUCUGUUCCUCUUUUCCUAAAAGGGGAUGGAGAAUCUAAUUCAGAAGAGUAUGGAAGCCAUGUAAAUGCUAUUCUGCCUACUUCCCAAGGAAAAGAGAAUUAAGAUUUUUUUUAACAUUUGCUAACAUAUUUUUGCUCUUCUUGGUUGAAGCACAUUUUGUUGAUUGAUUCAAAAUGCUUUAUUUUCUCAUGUGAACACAUUUUUCUUCUAAGAAGUUUAAUUUUGUAGUUUAGUGAACAUUUAGCUCAAUUAAAACCAAUUUGUCAUAAUAACAUGCUUCUUCACAUGAAAAUACAGAGGAAAUGAAAUUUCUCUUAAAGAAAUUAAUGUUUUGGACUUGGCUAGUCAGGAUAAUACCUCAAACAGGAUUCACAAGUGUAAAUGCCUACAGGGACCAGGUGGUAACUGAAUGAGAGAAUUGGGCCCAGGGGAGAGGACAAUGACUAAGUGGAAAGUCCAUGUUUAUUUAUGGGUGAGAGCCACUACUCAGUUCUAAUCAAUAGUUGCCAUGUUGGUGGUAAGCUCCAAGUUGCCAGAUCUUUUGACUUUCCAAGAAAAAAAAAUCAAAUGUUUGAUUUAUUUCUGAAAUUCCUGACUUUCAGAAGUUGGCUCAGUUUAAAAAAAAAUCAUUUUUGUGAGCCAAACAAAACAUAUUUGUGGGAGAUACUUGUUCUGUGAACUGCCAUUUGCAAUCUCUAAACUAUCCCAUCUGCUUAGAGUGUAGGGUGCAAUAACUGGUGAAAGAGCACCACUUACUAGUGUUUGUGCUAUAAGGUGAAAGGGCGAUUCUCUGCAGAAACAGUACUACACCCAACUAAAUGGACUUGACCUUCAUUCCACUAAUUUGCCAAUUAACUGUUGCAUAUCAGCAAGUCUUUAUAGAUUUGGGUUGGUCCUCCAUUGCUAAAUGUGGAGGAUUUAGGAUAGAGGAUGGGAAAAAUUCAGAGGUAUUAUGGACCCAGAAGGAUUGAUUAAGGGAUCCUGCCCAGCUGCACCGCUGCUCAGGCAGAGUAGUGUCUUGCCUUUUGUCUUUGGAUUGUGACUCAUCUACACAUGUCCCCCAGUCAUGUAGUACACUGCCACCUUCUUUUGUUCCUUGUGACCCAAGUAGACCUCCUCUAAAUGGUAGAUUCCCUAUUCCUGCUUUGCAAGCAUCUAUGAUUGUCUUAGUAGGGCCAUUAGCUCCUGCACUGUACCUCUCCAAAUAUGUAUGUGACUGAACACUAAACUCUUCCCUAGUACCCCCAAACUUCAUCUUGUAUAAAAAAUUUAUUAUAAUCAGUUACUGAAAUGGUAACUUCACAAAUAAAGCCCUUCAAAACUAGGAAAAUAAUAGGAAGGUGCUUAAGCAUGACUUCUGUUUAUUUCUGAAAACAGUUUGAUAUGUAGAUGACUUUAGUUUACAUUGGUUCCUGUUCAAAAAUGUUUGCUUACCACUGCUUGAGAAAAUCUGUUUCACUAAGUACUACAAUUAAAAAUCAGUAAACUGUAGUAGAAUGUUUUAAAUUGUUCUGUGUAAAAAGGAUCCUAUCUCUAUUAAAGCAUCAUCUGUUCUAUAAUGUCAGUCCUUUCAGACUGAGCUGGGAGUUUAUAAUUUCAAAAUUUAAAUAAUGUGGACUCUACCAGUUUAGGAGUUAUAAUAAUUCAGGGGUAGUUGGGUAAAAUUUGUUGCCUACAUAAUCUCUGGAGGACAAGGAUAGUUGACAAAUUAAUCACAUAAAUCAGGAUAUAUGUUUAGCUUCAUUAAAAAUGAAAGUCAAGUAUUUUUUAACUCUCAAUAGCAAACUUGCAUGAAUCACUGAAUGCGGAUAAUUCUUAGACAAGAUAAUCUCUGAAUUUGUAUGAAAAAAUACCUGGUACAAGGUAGUGCUUGGCAGUGUUACCUUCAUGAUUUUGGAGAAACCACUAAAACACCUUUGAACCUUCUUUUCUCUCUUCUAUGGAGGUAGCACCUCAUUAUGAAGGCUGUUAGGAUUAAAUGAAAAGAUUAUGUAUUAUCAUUUUCAUUUAUUUAGUGACCAUGUCAAGGUGUAGACUCCAGAUCUUCUAACUUCUAGUUCACUGUUUUGUAACUAUUCUAGUUUAUUUUGGUUGAGGGAGUCAGAAUAAUAAAGAAAGGAUUUGGAACCUAAGGACAAGUGAUUUUUUUUUGCUUAAAGAUGUUCGUAAAAUAUUUUGUAGUAUUUUUUUUUCAGCAUCAUUAAGUUUGUGUAUCUCUUCACAAACUCACUCUUAAGACAAAAAAAAAUGCAAAAUUCCUAGGAGUAGAGAAAAUUUAUGUAACCACUGAAUCUAACUUGACACACUUCAGAGCUGAAAGGUUUUGGUUGAUGAAUAUUUACCUCUCUGAGUAAAUGUGUCCCUGUUCCAUCAUCAGCAAUUAAUAUUUGAAAAUAGAGAAGUGUCUAAAUCUAGGAGAGACAGAUUGUCUGUGAAUCUAACAACAGUGCACAGCACCAUCACUUUCCUCUGGGAUGUACCUGCAAACUUGAACGACCUUUAUACAGUAAGAAGCUUUUUAAAAAAUUACAUUUCUGGGAAAAUGGAGCUGCAGAAUAUUAUUCGUUUAACAGGUAAUAUGCUGACAUGUUUAUUAACUCUAUUGAGUAAACAAAAUGAAUUUUUCCCGAUGUUAAAAAUUUGCCUUCACUUAAAGACUUAAAGAAAGAAGCUAGAGAGAAAAAGAUUAUCCAUGAUUAAUGCUGACCUGUCUAGACCUUAGAGCACCUCUUGGGUCUAGUCUGAAGUGUUUCUGAUUGUUGUGCUAAAAAAAAAAUGGUUGUGGUUUCAAGAGACAAAGGAUGAGUACAGUGUGAGCUUUUUUCGAAAUUUCCCUCCCUCCCUCCGUCUUCCCCAAGAAUUAAGUUUUAUUUGUUCCUUAGCCCAUUUGUUUUCAUAUUUUUGAAAAAGUGUAACAACUCAGAUUUAUAUUUGAGUUUGGUGUGAGCAGAGUCGGAAUAUUUGUAUUUCUUUUCCCAAAUGCCAUGCAGUUUCAUUUAUUUGCUGAAUACGGUAUGCGUUGCUAAGCCUAUGAGAAGCCUCUCUGUGAAGUGCAUUUUAAUAUUUAGAUCAAACAGCUCUUGGGAUACAUUAAUGCCCAGUGGGUAAGUGUGUCAUUUGAAAGCAGCUGCUGAGCCUUCUGGCUGCUGCUCCAAUUAACACAUACAGCACACUUUUGUCAGCAAGAGGCAGUGCAUAUGGAUGAAACCACUUUGCUGCUCAUUAAUAUGAUACGCCAGAGAGCACAGAGGGUUAAUUGAUCUGCCCAUUGUGGAACAAUAGCUUUCCAAGAAGUUUCCCAAGCACGUGCUUUGUGAUAAAGGGUGCUAGGAUUCCGAGGCGGGAUUAGCAGGGAGGAGAAAAUCAGUCAGCCUCUAGUUUUGGUUCAGUCCAUUGACUACCAGGUUUUCCCCGCCCUCUCUUCUCUCACACCCCCGCCGUGGUGAUGGAGACGCUGGAGAGAAAUUCUAGUGCUGAGACUCCCUCGCCCCAGCCCAGUCUCUUGUCGAACUUUGUUCUGUCUUAUUUUGAAGCUGCUGGAGUAUAAAGCUUUGCUGUUUGUUUAUUUUUCUUAGUCUUUCAUUAUCAUUUCACUUUCUCUCUCUUUUCCUUUAUUUAAAAAUCUUUUGAAACCGCACAUUUGACAGUUUAUGAGCAGAGUAAGGAAUCCUGUCAAGGAAAAUCCAUAUGCCUGUUAUUUUCCCUCCCUUCCGUGGCCAAAAGCUCAACGCUGAUGGGAGCCCAGAGGCGGAUGGCAGGGUAGCGCGCGCCCAGCCCCAGGUUCUGGAGGGGCGCUGAUGCUCCGCCGGCCCCCGGAGCGGCCGGGCCGUUGCUCCCCUCUGGUGCCGAGCCAGGCUGCGCCGUGCGAGAGACAUGGACCGCUUCCUGGGUUUUGUCAAGCAGAUAAGGAGAUCUAGGAGAAGAAAGGGGAAAAAGUACCGACCCGAAGAAGAUUACCACGAGGGCUAUGAGGAUGUCUAUUAUUACGCUUCAGAGCAUUUUCGAAAUGAGAGCCCCUACAGUAAAUCCGCCAGCCAGACAAAGCCACCUGAUGGAGCAUUGGCUGUGAGGAGACAGAGCAUCCCAGAAGAAUUCAAGGGCUGCACCGUGGUUGAGUUGAUGAAGAAGGAAGGCACGACCCUGGGCCUGACAGUAUCUGGCGGGAUCGAUAAGGACGGCAGGCCGAGGGUAUCCAACCUGCGGCAAGGAGGGAUCGCUGCUCGAAGUGAUCAGCUGGAUGUGGGUGACUACAUCAAAGCAGUGAAUGGGAUCAACCUGGCCAAAUUCCGCCAUGAUGAGAUCAUCAGCUUACUGAAGAAUGUUGGGGAAAGAGUGGUCCUUGAAGUGGAGUAUGAGCUGCCACCAGUCUCUGUUCAAGGAUCAAGUGUUAUUUUCCGAACAGUGGAAGUCACCUUACAUAAAGAAGGCAAUACCUUUGGUUUUGUAAUACGAGGAGGAGCACAUGAUGAUCGAAAUAAAUCUCGUCCCGUUGUCAUAACGUGUGUUCGUCCUGGAGGGCCAGCUGACAGAGAGGGCACAAUCAAGCCUGGCGAUCGGUUGCUCAGUGUGGAUGGAAUUCGGCUUCUUGGAACCACGCACGCUGAAGCCAUGAGUAUUCUUAAACAGUGUGGACAAGAGGCAACGCUGCUGAUAGAAUAUGAUGUCUCAGUAAUGGAUUCUGUGGCAACAGCAUCCGGCCCACUACUCGUUGAAGUUGCCAAAACUCCUGGUGCCAGCCUUGGGGUUGCCCUAACUACCUCGAUGUGCUGUAACAAACAGGUCAUUGUCAUAGACAAAAUCAAAUCGGCAAGUAUUGCAGACAGAUGUGGCGCACUACACGUGGGGGACCACAUCCUGUCCAUUGACGGAACCAGCAUGGAGUACUGCACACUAGCGGAAGCGACCCAGUUCCUGGCAAACACCACCGACCAGGUCAAGCUUGAGAUUCUUCCCCAUCACCAGACCCGCCUGGCCCUGAAGGGACCCGACCAUGUGAAAGUUCAGAGGAGCAACAGGCAACUUACCUGGGAUUCCUGGGCCGGCGACCACAGCAGCCUUCGCACCUGCCAUCACUGUAACACGGGCCACCCCGACCACUGCGGAGUGCCAGCCCCACCAUUCCCCAAAGCACCUCCUCCAAACAGCCCUCCGGCCUUGGUGUCCUCAUCCUUCUCCCCUACCUCCAUGAGCGCAUACAGCCUGAGCUCCCUGAACAUGGGCACCCUCCCGCGCAGCCUCUACUCCACCAGCCCGCGGGGAACCAUGAUGAGGAGGAGGCUGAAGAAGAAGGACUUCAAAAGCUCGCUGUCUUUAGCCUCCAGCACAGUGGGCUUGGCUGGGCAGGUCGUUCACACAGAGACCACAGAGGUCGUGCUGACAGCAGAUCCUGUCACUGGAUUUGGGAUCCAACUGCAGGGCAGUGUGUUUGCCACGGAGACUCUCUCUUCUCCGCCUCUGAUUUCCUAUAUUGAAGCUGACAGCCCAGCAGAGAGAUGUGGGGUUCUACAGAUUGGAGACAGAGUGAUGGCCAUUAAUGGAAUUCCAACUGAAGAGAGCACCUUUGAGGAAGCCAAUCAGCUCCUCCGAGACUCUUCAAUCACGAGCAAGGUGACACUGGAAAUAGAGUUUGAUGUUGCAGAGUCUGUCAUCCCAAGUAGUGGAACUUUUCAUGUAAAGCUCCCUAAGAAGCACAAUGUGGAACUUGGAAUAACCAUAAGUUCACCAUCCAGUAGAAAACCAGGAGACCCCCUUGUUAUAUCAGAUAUCAAGAAAGGCAGUGUGGCACACAGAACUGGAACCCUGGAACUUGGGGAUAAGUUACUUGCAAUAGAUAACAUCCGGCUGGACAAUUGUGCCAUGGAAGAUGCUGUUCAGAUCCUCCAGCAGUGUGAAGAUCUGGUGAAGCUCAAAAUCCGCAAAGAUGAAGAUAAUUCAGAUGAGCAGGAAAGUUCCGGAGCAAUCAUUUACACUGUGGAGCUAAAGCGCUAUGGGGGGCCCCUUGGCAUCACAAUUUCAGGAACUGAAGAGCCAUUUGAUCCUAUAAUCAUUUCAAGCCUCACAAAAGGAGGAUUAGCAGAAAGAACUGGCGCGAUCCACAUAGGGGACCGAAUCCUAGCCAUCAACAGUAGCAGCUUGAAAGGGAAGCCUCUGAGCGAAGCCAUCCAUUUGUUACAGAUGGCAGGAGAGACUGUCACCUUGAAAAUUAAGAAGCAGACAGAUGCCCCAUCAGCAUCAAGUCCCAAGAAAUUCCCUAUUCCCAGCCACUUGAGUGACUUGGGAGAUGUGGAGGAGGACCCCUGUGCAGCACAGAAGCCAGGCAAGCUUGCGGACGUGUACCCCUCCACCGUGCCCAGUGUGGACAGCGCUGUGGACUCGUGGGAUGGCUCUGGGACAGACGCCAGCUAUGGGAAUCAAGGCGCUGGCUUUCAGGCCUCGGGGUACAACUUCAGCACCUACGACUGGAGGAACCCGAAACAGAGAGGCAGCUUGUCCCCAGUCACGAAGCCACGAAGCCAGACUUGCCCCGAUGUGGGGCUGAGUAACGAAGACUGGGACCGGUCCACGGUCAGUGGUUUUACAGGGACUCCCGACAAUGCAGAGGCCGAGCAAGAGGAGAACUUCUGGUCCCAAGCACUGGAGGAUUUAGAAACCUGUGGCCAGUCAGGAAUUCUGAGAGAACUCGAGGAGAAAGCUGACAGGCGUGUGUCUGUGAGAAACAUGACUCUCUUGGCAACAAUCAUGUCGGGGAGCACGAUGAGUUUGAAUCAUGAGGCACCAACACCUCGCAGUCAGCUGGGGCGACAGGCCAGCUUCCAGGAACGGAGCAGCUCGCGGCCACAUUACAGCCAAACAACCCGGAGCAACACCCUGCCCUCUGAUGUGGGCAGGAAGUCUGUCACCCUGAGAAAAAUGAAACAAGAAAUAAAGGAGAUCAUGUCCCCAACCCCUGUGGAGCUGCACAAGGUGACCUUGUACAAGGGCUCUGACAUGGAGGACUUCGGGUUCAGUGUAGCGGAUGGCUUGCUGGAGAAAGGAGUGUAUGUCAAAAAUAUUCGCCCAGCUGGGCCAGGAGAUCUUGGUGGCUUAAAGCCCUAUGACAGACUUUUACAGGUGAAUCACGUCCGAACAAGAGACUUUGACUGUUGUCUUGUUGUGCCCCUCAUAGCAGAAUCUGGCAAUAAGCUGGACCUGGUUAUUAGUAGAAACCCACUGGCUUCACAGAAGUCUAUAGAACAGAGUCUACCCGGAGGAGAAUGGAGUGAACAGAACAGUGCUUUUUUCCAACAGCCUAGUCACGGUGGUAAUUUGGAGAUACGAGAACCCACUAAUACAUUAUAGCAACGCUUCUUAUGAUGCAGGACAAAAGACAAUAUCUACAUGGUGCUAAAAAUUCCCUUUAAGAUUUCUGUGACAUUUAAAGCACAGAUAAUCAUGUGGCAUUAACUGUAAGCACAGGGGUCUUUUAAAUCUCAUGGCUCAUGUUCACUUCCCUUUCCAAGUUGAAGAGCCUUCUUUUUUGGUGACCACUAUGGUAUACGGCAGGCAGUUCCUUGCCAAGCCCAAUGGUAGAGAAUAACAAAACUAGGUAGGCCACCUCUCCCCACAAUCAACAUCAGAGGAAAUUUUUUACAAGUUCAUCUUAUCACUUUUUAAAAAGAGAAAUGUCUGUCUGAAAAAAUUCUCUGAUAAUUUCCUUAAUUCACUUUGAGAUCAGUUUCUUACUAUGAAGUCGUUAACAUGAGAACUUGACCAACAAGGCUUUUCAUAAAGCUGGCUCUACUAGAGGGGCUAGAGUUUGGUAAACUGCUGGGACUGCUACUGUGGGAGGGGUACAGGUAUAGAGCUGUCUUAAAAAGUUUCAGCAAUGAUGCACGUAGGAGACCUUAAUAGGUGGUGGUAAAUGUUUUGCCCAAGUAUAGGAAUGAUUUUAACUAAGAUGUAUGCUAUUCCCUAUGCAACAAAUUAUCAAACAGGAUAUGUCUUGUGACCUGUUUUUUUUUUUAAGGACACAUAUUUUUAAUAGCUGAAAAAUCUCUGAUAAUGAAUUAGUGUUUAGUAACACUGAGAAUUAGUUACCUUAUUUUUAAAAUUCAAGAUUGAGAAUUUAAGAGUGAAUAAAGAGUCUAUUAAAAUGAGGUUUAUCUUAAUAAUAGGCAAAUCAAACUCAUAUUGCUUGACAUGUUUUGAAAACUGGUGAUAUUGAGGGGUGUACAGCACAUGUACCUAAAAAUGACACUGGACUAUCUUUUGUUCUGAGCCAUGCUAGUUACUGAAAUUGUAAAUACAUUUUUCACAAAAUGCAUUGCCAAUUAUUGCCAUCCCUCAAAGCAAUAAAUUGUGACAGUUGCUUUGAAUGUUUGUCAGCAACUGUUUCCAUUUGUUCAGAUAUUUUGAAUAGUUACACUAAUAACUGUUAUUUGGUGAAUAUUUAAAAAAAAAUAGAUCUGUAUAUUGAUUGUAGAAUCUCCAUAUUGAAACAAUUACUUUCCAAACAUUUUCAUUUUGGUCAAUAAUUCAAACAGCUGCUUAGGUAAAGCAUUUAAACACUGUGUCCUUUGUUUAAGGAAAAAGCUCACCUUUCUUUUUGUGCAAAGAAAUAUAAUAUUUUAACCAUAUUUCAGAACCGCCAGGGCAAGAAAGUAUAAAGCAGAAUCAUGUUAAGGAAAAAAAAAAAAGAUCAUGAGUCACUUAAAUAUGUAUUUUUAUUUGUAACAAACAAGUAUUAAGCUGUAAAGUAUUUUUGUACAAAUUUAAUACUUUAUUAGCAUGGUAUUUAUCGUCAAUGUAUGGUUUUGGGGAAUUCAAAAUUGUUGCAAAUAUUUGUAUGGAAAAAGAAAAACCCUCUAUCAAAUGGAAUAAACAGUGAUUUUAAAAAGCAAAAAAA